AUGCCGCUGACGUGUCUGGUUAUCGUACCACAUGCAAAUGUAAGGCGCAAGUGUCACCUAGAAGAAGGAAACCUGACUGCUCUCAAGAACGCCAUCGCUGCGUCUCCCGGUUUAGCAGGUAGCGUUGAUGAUGAAGACAAGAUUGAGAUAUUCGACAAGGAUUUUAACGAUUACGUGGAUUUGGAGGACGGUGACGAAAUAUACAAUAUGUCCACCAUUCGCGUCUUGCGUUCCUGCUUGCCUGCCCUCACAAACCAAGAACAUGGUCAUAUUCAAGACAUGUCACUUCCUGGACCAUCUGCACCACCCAUGGACAGUGCUGGUUUCGGAAUGGGUAGCACUGAGCAUGGAUCAUUUAACAUCAUGAUGAGUGAUGCAGAUAAUCACAACGGAGAUGGCUACUCCCUGCCUGAUUUUGGGGCAGUUCAUGCUUUGCUCAGGCCAGGUGUGCCACUGACCUCGUCAGUUCACAAGAAAAUCUUUACUAUCUUGUUCCAGUCCAUGAUAAAGCUAAGCAUAACUCCAAGUAGAAAGUUUUACUCGAAAGUGGUGUCCCUGUUUCUCCAACAGUAUCCCUUUCUCGCAGAUAUAAUUGGAUCAGGAGACGAGUCCUGGAUCACCUCCCUGAAAACCAAAUUCAAAAACGAGCGUCGUAAAAUGCCACACGACGAGAGGGUUAUGGCCAACAAGCUCAAGUAUUCUAGUAAGAGAAGAGAUGCAAGCGUUGAUGGCCCUGCAGAAUUGAAAAGGCGAAAGCUUCACAGAGACAACGUUCCUACAGGAGUUCAUCUCAUGGAGGGAGAGGAUCAGUCAAGUCUGCAAGCUCACGAGGGCUGGCUCAUUAAGGAGGACAAAAAGGAAGCCCCAGAUGAAGCACUAAUAGAUUUGAGAAUGGCAUCAACAAUGCACAACAGGACAGCAGCCCUCGUACGGUGGCCAGUAGCAAAGAGCAAGGAAAAAUUUCCGUACUUAAUGGACUCCGUCAGGUUCUUCAAUGAAUGCAGUCGACGCUAUGGAGAACACCCCUUGCAGGGGACACAAGUCGUACUCAGACGCAUCCGGGACCUUGCAAUCCAGGGCGCACUGUACUGCAAGGCGGAACUACGUGAGGCUGUGCUUGCAACUGAUGCUAGGGAAGACGUCGGCCCUAGACGGAAAAACACAUCAUGGCCGUACACUCACUCCAGCUACUGUGUUCAGCUGUGAAAGAGCCCCAGGCUAUAGGGAACAUCUUCGUGAGAGAUGAUGACUCUCUCCCGGUGACACCAUGCAUCAUCUUCACAGGCACAAGCAUUGAGGCCGCGGAGCACAUGCACUUGUUCGUAGACAAAGUUUCUCUGUUCCGCGUG